CUUACAAGGUAAUCCUAUUAUAUUUCCGGAAAAAAUUGAAGAUAAGAAAAAUGGACGCCGCAGUAUAGCUGUAAUGAUUGAAUCAUUGCCUGCACCUUAUCAUGUUCAGUGGAGUGCAAAGAAUAAAGAUGAUGAACACUUCACACCUAUAGAUAUAUAUACGGAAGAGUACGAAGGAACAACGGUAUCCUUCCCUCAUCCUGUGUUAGUUGUGAGACAGAAAGAUCAACUCGAGAACAACUAUUUCAGGAUAGAAGUUACAAACUUCAUUGGAAAAACUGUACAUGAAAUUUCUGAUAAUGUGAAGGAAACGCCGUACAACGACCAUGGGGCCAGUGUUAGGUUUACCAGAUUAAAUAACAUUCUGGCCGAUGAGUUUCCUCUUGAAAAAGUGGAAAAACUUAAAUUUGUGUUGAAAAGUAAAUGGUUAUUUUUAUUCAAUUAA